AUGCUGGGAAGUCGCUGCUGGAAAGCCUCGGGUCUCUCUGCCUUGGUCAAGCAGGUAUGGGGGCCUCUCCAGGGUUCCCUGCCACAGCCACAGCGACAGUGUUCUCAGCACUCCUGCACCCAGAGAGGCAAGACCCCAGCCUUGCACCCCCUCUGGACGGGCCCAGUCUCGGUGCCAGAGGGCACCCGGCAGUCUCCCAUCAACAUCCAGUGGAGGGACAGCAUCUAUGACCCCCAACUGGGGCCACUCCGGGUCUCCUACGAUGCAGCGUCCUGCCUGUACAUCUGGAACACUGGCUACCUCUUCCAGGUGGAAUUCGAUGAGACAGCCAAGGGGUCAGGGAUCAGUGGCGGGCCCCUGGAGAACCACUACAGGCUGAAGCAGUUCCACUUCCACUGGGGCGCAGCAGACGAGUGGGGCUCGGAGCACACGGUGGACGGCCGCGCGCACCCAGCAGAGCUGCAUUUGGUUCACUGGAAUUCUGUGAAAUACCAGAGCUACAAGGACGCCGUGAUGGGAGAAAAUGGCCUGGCUGUGAUUGGCGUGUUUUUAAAGCUGGGGGCCCCACACGAGACGCUGCAGGAGCUGGUGGAUGUCUUGCCAGAAAUAAAACACAAGGACACAAGAGUGGCCCUGGGUCCCUUUGACCCGUCCCGCCUGCUUCCUGCCUGCCAGGACUACUGGACCUAUGGGGGCUCCCUGACCACCCCGCCAUUGACUGAGUCGGUCACCUGGAUCAUUCAGAAGCAGCCCAUCGAAGUGGCUCAGAGCCAGCUCUCCGCUUUCCGUGCCCUCCUGUUUUCUGCACCUGGUGAAGAGGAGAAGCUGAUGGUGGACAACUAUCGCCUGCUGCAGCCCCUGAUGGACCGGAAGGUCCGCGCAUCCUUCCGGGUGGCUGCAGAGGGCACGCGCUCCUAG